GUUACCUGCCUUGUUUCCCGCUUUCUGCUUCUCAUUCACACCUUGCAUCUUCAAUAUUCACCCUCCAGGCUUGAUAUUUAACGUAUCAUUGUAUCCUUGACUUCCUAUCCGCUACCACCUCUUACACUCACCCAUCUCCCUUACUACCACAACACACACCACCAUAACCACCACAAUGGCCCCCGACAAGCCGUCUCACCGCUUCGACCCCAACUUCACCGCGCAGGUGGUUGAUGGUAUGGGGCCCAAGACGACCCCUCGAAACCGUGUGGUCCUCGGUGCUCUAAUCCGCCACAUCCAUGACUUUGCCCGCGAGACGGAGCUCACGAUCGAGGAGUGGAUGGAGGGUGUCAAGUUCGUCAACGCCCUAGGCGAGAUCUACGUGAAAAGCAACAAGACCCGUAACGAGACACACCGCAUCUGUGAUGUCCUUGGUCUCGAGUCGCUGGUCGACGAGAUCGCCCACAAGAUCAUCUCCGAGUCUGGCAUGGACCCCACAUCCUCCUCCAUCCUGGGCCCCUUCUGGUCGCCCAACGCGCCCUUCCGCGAGCACGGCGACGUCAUCUUCCAGGACGGCGUGCCGCCCAACGGCCGCGUGACCAGGAUGCACGGCGUGAUCCGCGACAUCACCACGGGCCGGCCGAUCCCCAACGCCGUCUUCGACAUCUGGCAAGCGUCGGCCAACGGCAAGUACGACUUCCAGGACCCGGACAACCAGACGCCCAACAACCUGCGGGGCAAGUUCCGCGCCGACGCCGAGGGCAGGUACUGGUUCUACUGCCUGCACCCGACGGCCUACUCGCUGCCGCGCGACGGGCCCUCGUGGCAGCUGCUCACCAUGAUGGACCGGCACCCGAUGCGGCCCGCCCACAUCCACAUCAUGGUCACCCACAAGGACUUCCAGGGCUGCACCACCCAGCUGUACCCCAGCGACGACCCGUGGAUCAAGAGCGACACCGUCUUCGCCGUCAAGGACGACCUCGUCGUCGACUUCAAGCCCCUCAAGGGCGACCCCAAGGCCGUGCUCGACCUCGAGUACAACGUCAACCUCGCCCCCAAGGGCUACAAGGGCCGUCUUUAGGUGACGGUCCGGGUGGUGGGAUUGUGACGAUUGAGAAGUGGGGUUAUUUCUUUGUACAUAUAUCGGCAUGUAUAUACCCUGCUCCAGGCGCUGGCUGGAUGUAG